GUCGCCGCUCGCCUACGACAAUGACAGUGUUAAACCCAUUCUCCCAUCAACCCUUUUGUCAUAUCUGGACGCGCAACACAUCUGGGGUGUUGUCUGCCACCGCUCGCCACGACAGAAGAAUGAGUGGCCUCGCACGCGACUGACGCACAUCCCCAACGCUGCGGGCCGACGAUUCGCUUAAGCAGCGUACACGCACAACGGGGCAGGACGAUCCGUCUCUACCACCAUCCUCACAAGAUGUCCUCCAAUUGGAGGUUCAUAAUCGUAAACGGGUGGAAAUUCUGCCAGGAGCACGGUCAAGAGCAGUGCGACCGUUGCAGGUGUGACUACCGCCUGGAGAACAACCACACUGCUGCUCUGCACGAGAUCCUGGACGAGCUCCUGUUGGACAGGGACUUCGAUUUGAAUAUGCGCAUGUCUCGCCAUGCAUAUAACCGAGGGGCUAUCCCGGUGAAGCCGGGGUCCAACGAAUGCAAGUGCAGGACGCACAAUUCGAAGGGGUGUUGGGUGUGCUACGAUUGGGUCGAAAUCGUUCGUCGGGAGGUCACACUGUUGAGGCCCCAGACAGGCCGCCUAUGAGCUGCAAACGGAGGCCGACGGUCUGUGCUCCAAUCUCCCUAGAUAUGUUGACCUCCCAAUCCACGGAAAGCACGUACUACUGCGCAUAUCUGAAUCCAAGUUGUUGUAUCAUAUUGUAUGGACUCCGGUCAUCAAAGGAGAAAGUUCGUUACUA